AUUUACAGAACAAAAGGAUUGUCUUGCACUUUUUGAAAAAGGAUGUAAGGAAGACGGUAUAUAUACAAUAGAACCCGUCGGCAGGUUAAGCAUACAGACAUGGUGCGAUAUGAAAAAUGGUGGAUGGACAGUUAUACAACACCGACUGGAUGGGUCAGAAAACUUCUACAGAAUAUGGUCAGAUUAUGUUUGUGGAUUCGGUAACAUAUCAGGAGAGUACUGGCUUGGCCUUGAGAAUAUAUAUCGGCUUACUACUAAUGACAGUUCUUUGAGAAUUGAAAUGGAAGCAUUUGAAGACGUAUCACCUACACAUGCUUAUGCACAGUAUGACACGUUCAGAGUUGACGACGAAGAUUCAAGUUUUAGAUUGCAUGUAAAAGGCUUUUCCGGAAACUGUGGUGAUAGUCUUAGUUACCAUGAUGGAAAUAUGUUCUCGACUAAAGACAGGGAUAACGACGUAUGGUCUGACAACUGUGCUCAACGGUUUGGAGGAGCAUGGUGGUACAAAGCUUGUCAUUAUAGCAAUUUGAAUGGACUAUACUUAUCGGGGAAUCACUCUUCGCCCGCUAAUGGUAUAACUUGGUACUUUUGUUGGGGUCGUCAUUAUUCUAUUCGCCGCGUAGUGAUGAAGGUAAAAAGAAAUUUUCCGUAA